UUCAAAUUAUCCUUGCUAACACGCCCCUCUUCUCUCCACCUUAAAUGCAGUUCAGUUAAACUUCUACAGUGUCUGCAAUAAAAUCCUCCACCAAUGUCACCGCCGCUAUAUCCUCAUCGUAGAUCCGCUUCUGUCGGUGGAAUUCCCGAUUGGAUCUCUGACUCGAUCAACGGUGGAUCCCUCCGCCACGUCGACCUGAACAACGGAACCAAUGGCUGGGCGUCGCCACCGGGGGAACUCUUUUCCCUCCGCUCCUCCGACUACCUCAAGAACCGCCAAAAAUCCCCCGCCGGCGAUUACCUCCUGGCGCCGGCCGGCAUGGACUGGCUCAAAUCCACCGCCAAAAUGGAGCACGUGCUCUCACGCCCGGACAAUCGCGUAAUGCAGGCGCUGAAAAGGUCGCAGCAAAACCAAGGCCAGUCCAUGAAGAGCUUCGUCUUCGCCGUGAACCUCCAGAUCCCCGGCGCGAAGGAGCACCACAGCGCGGUGUUCUACUUCGCGGCGGAGGAUCCGGAAUCGCUCCAAAGCUGUUCGCUGCUGAAUCGGUUCGUGCACGGCGACGACACGUUCCGGAACCAGCGGUUCAAGCUGGUGAACCGGAUUGUGAAGGGACCGUGGAUCGUGAAGAGAGCCGUGGGUAACCACGGCGCAUGCUUGUUAGGGAAAGCGUUACAUUGCUCAUACCACAGAGGGCCCAAUUACCUAGAAAUCGACGUCGAUAUAGGAAGCAGCGCAAUUGCAAAUGCGAUUCUGCACGUCGCGUUGGGACAUGUGACGGCAGUUACGAUCGACAUGGGAUUCGUGGUGGAGGCGCAGACGGAAGAUGAGCUGCCGGAGAAGUUGAUCGGCGGCGUCAGGGUUUGCCAGAUGGAGAUGUCGUCGGCCACCGUGGUGGAGGCGUCGCACGUGCCGCAAGUAGCGCACGUGUCGCGUGGGAUUGGUUGUGCCAGAGUGAAUCACCAUAUGUCUGCGGAUGAUCUUCUUGCUUUGGAUCAUUAGAUUAUGAAUUUUUUAGUGGCAAAAGAUCAUCAUUUUUUUUUUAAAUUUUAAUUGUUCUCCUAUGAUUUUAAUUUCACAUUUAUUGGAUAUAAAGAAAAUAAUGCCAAUAUUUUAUACGUAAUU